UGUUUCAGAAAUAUAUUCAUAUUUUCAAGUUCAAAUUAGAAAAAGUUUGUUUACUAAAAACAUUUUUUUUUUCAUACAUUUUAUAUGAUCUGUUCUUAAUAGGAAUAGUUUUUGACUUGUUGUUUUUAUUAGGAAAAGCGACCAUAAUAAGAACAAGUUCAAUUACUCGUAAAAUGCUACUAACUACAGGUUUAAUUUACGAGAUAAUAAAAUAAUUUUUGCAUUAUUCGAUACAGCAAAUAUUUCUGCACUCAGAAAUGUAAAAAAAAACUUCACAAUUUUAAAAUUUUGAUUAGUAAAAAAGCAAAUUACUGGCCUCUCUGAAAAGUCUGUUGUUAUUGAGGGCAUCGACUAUAUAAUAAUCAAUCGAACUAUUUUCCCUAUUCUAGUAAGCUUGAGAAUAAAUCAAAUAUCGCCGGAUAUUUUCGUCGAAGUGUUUACCUGUUCAAACAAUUCUAUACACGACGAGCAAUCGUUCGAUUUUAUUAUAACAUUGUAUUCUAUCUUCUUUUCUUGACCUUGUUCAGUUUUGUUCUACUUGUCGACUAUUUUCCACUUAACAACAAUGGUGGUGUUCGAAACGGCGUUGUCAAUAUCAAAAUACCCAUCGCUGAAUUAUUCGUUCAUAUUCUUGUGUGGUGUAUGAUUAUAGAAGAGGGAACAGAAUUUCAACGUCAUUGGAAUGAAGAACGCACCAAAUGUGUUACUCGGAGAAAGAUUUUACGGAAAUAUUUUUCCGAAGAUCUAUGGAAUGUUCUGGACUUCACUGCAAUCACCUGUUAUCUUGGUGGUUUCGUUACUCGAUUUAUUAUCAACGAACCAGCAUUCAUCACUUCGAAGUGA